AUGCAGGCCAAGAUCGUCGCCCUCUCCGCCAUUGCCGCGGUUGUCAACGCUGACCUCCGCCUCAACACCAACGACAUCCCCUCCGACUGCACUGCCAUCUGCCGCCCCAUCCGCGACCUUGGCAACAUCUGCACCGUCAACUUCAUCCCCGGCCAGACCAACAACAACAGCGACCAGCUUCAGGAUGAGCUUGACGCCCAGUGCGUCUGCACCAACAGCUCUUUCGAUGUCAAGAAUCUGGCUGCUCAGUGCUCCUCUUGCAUGAACGAGAAGGUUGCCAGCGACCAGCAGCGCAGCCUUGAGGGUAUCAACUCCAUCAUGAGUCAGUGCGGCUUCCAGUCCACUUCCUACGCCUCCUCCGCUACCUCUUCCGCCAACACCGUCAUUGUCUUGGCCACCCGCCUGACUGCCAGCUCUCAGCUGACCACCACCAUCGGCGGCGGUGCCACUCCCGCUCCUACCUCCGAGCGCUCCCGCACCUCCGAGGCUCGCACCACCACCUUCCUCACCUCCAACGGUGGCGGCUUCCCUUCCAUCGCCACCUCCACCAUCGGCGGUGGUCGCGAGACUGGCUCCCCCAACGCCGCUGCUGGCGUCGUUGCCCCCGGCAGCAACAGCGUCCUCGGCGCUGCUGGCCUUGCCGUCGCCGGCGCCUUCGCCCUCGGCGCUUUCAUGCUCUAA